AAGUAAUACUAAAUGUGUUUUUAUAUUUGAACAAAAAAAUCAUACUAUAACACUAGAGUCGAUAAGCUGUGGCAGCUGCUAUCUGGAAAAAGCACGUCCCCGCGACAAACUUCAACAACUGUGCGCGAGCCCGACCGGCUGGUACAAACGUCUCGUUUGAGCUCCAAGUGCAGCGCGAAUGUGGAUACAUCGAGCUAACGAAUGAAAAACGAGGUCCUCACAUUUCAAGAGGAGAAGAAAGCCCUACUGAGGAAUCUUAUGGACGAAGAAAUGAGUCGCCAGACCGCCACCGCGCUGGCGACAGGAACCUCCAAGUGCCCCCCCUCCCAGCGCGUGCCCACCCUGUCGGGCACCACCGCCUCCAACAGUGACCUGGCCAGCUUGUUUGAGUGCCCCGUCUGCUUCGACUAUGUCCUGCCUCCAAUCCUGCAGUGCCAGUCGGGACACCUGGUGUGCUCCAACUGCCGGCCCAAGCUCACCUGCUGCCCCACGUGCCGGGGGCCCCUCGGCUCCAUCCGGAACCUGGCCAUGGAGAAGGUGGCCAACUCGGUGCUCUUCCCCUGCAAGUACGCGUCGUCGGGCUGCGAGGUCACGCUGCCGCACACGGACAAGGCGGAGCACGAGGAGCUGUGUGAGUUCCGGCCGUACUCCUGCCCCUGCCCGGGGGCCUCCUGCAAGUGGCAGGGCUCGCUGGACGCCGUCAUGCCCCACCUGAUGCACCAGCACAAAUCCAUCACCACGCUGCAGGGGGAAGACAUCGUGUUCCUGGCCACGGACAUCAACCUGCCCGGCGCCGUGGACUGGGUGAUGAUGCAGUCGUGUUUCGGCUUCCACUUCAUGCUGGUGCUGGAGAAGCAGGAGAAGUACGACGGCCACCAGCAGUUCUUCGCCAUCGUGCAGCUCAUCGGCACGCGCAAGCAGGCCGAGAACUUCGCCUACCGCCUGGAGCUCAACGGGCACCGGCGCCGGCUCACGUGGGAGGCCACGCCGCGCUCCAUCCACGAGGGCAUCGCCACGGCCAUCAUGAACAGCGACUGCCUGGUGUUUGACACGUCGAUCGCACAACUGUUUGCGGAGAACGGGAACCUGGGCAUCAACGUCACCAUAUCCAUGUGCUGAGGGACCUCCGGCGGCGCCAUCCAACCCCCCCCCGAC